AUGGAUUCAUCGUCUGUCACAGAUCCGUCGCCAGGCGUGUCGCCUGAGUCGCCUCUUGCGAAAACAAUAACGCCUUCCUCGUUCGUGGCCGACUUUCGAUCGCGGAGAUCAGAGGUGCCGUCUGGAGAACCGUCGCCGAAUAACUUCUUCGAGCUGCAACGGCCUACGACACCCGCGAAGAAGCCCCGUAACCUCAAGAAUCUUGGUAUCAACACGGCAUCUUCUCUUGGCAACUUGCGUGCUCACAACCCAGCUCCCCCAGCAGUAGCUCCCAAGGAGAAGAACAGCUCGGCGCCACCGUCACCGCUCUUCAUCAAGCCACCGACGCCGCCCAAAAGACGGCCAUCGAACCUGAGCUUGACGAUAUCGACCCCCGGUAGCACAGAGAACAAGCCUUUGCCCCCUCUGCGCCCGGUCGUGCCCAAGCAAACUGGCCUCAGCGAAGUCCCGUUCGAGAUGGAAGAAGAGGAGGAUCAAGAACCGAACUUUGACAUUCCUCAAUCCCGCGAGGAGAAGCCAGCAGCGUACCCCAACGGACCCAUUUGCAUUUACGAGGCCGGCGUAUAUCUCUACUUCGAACCUACAGCUGUGCAGGCUACAACCUUUGAUGUGAUUAUCAACGUUGCAAGCGAAGUAAAAAAUCCAUUCACCAACACGACUGCGGAAUCGCAAAAAGACAUUGAUGCCAGGCGCAUAGAUGGUCCACCAGCAGAGAACGUUGAUUUUACUACCCUUUCACAGCGUCCCAAGCAGUCUUUUGGCAUGGGAGAUGCCUCGCCAACCACGCCCAAGGCUACGGCGCCGGUCAUGCAAACAAUCCAGCCACGCGAGGUUGUCAUUGACGGCAAGACUUACAAGACACCAGAAUACAUCCACAUGCCAUGGGAACACAAUACCGACAUUGUCCCCGACCUGCAUAAGUUGGUGAAGAUGAUAGACGAGAGAGUACAGCGAGGAAAACGGGUACUUAUCCAUUGCCAGUGUGGUCGGGCGAGCACAGGAAACAUCAUGGCGAUAUCGCCGGGGCCCUUGUCGGCACCGAGUGGCGCUUUCUCCACCGGAUUCCGUCGGUCCUGGGAUUCCAGUCCAGCUCACUUCGAGCUUCCGUCUCCAUCUACACCUGCUGCCCAAAAUACCACACCAUAUGUUGAUCCCAAGGGCCACGUUGUACCUGUUCUCUCAGUAACGAGUAACGACUUGCCAACCAUUCAAACCGAAGAUGCUUCUCACGACGACGAUUCACCGCCUCAAGAUGGUUCCGAGCCUAGCAAUCUGACCCCACUCAUGUCACCACGAGUUUCCGAGUUCUUUGCGUCAAACAGUAACCAUGCGGAGCCGCCUGAGAUCACGUCACCAAUUACAACCAGCUUCCCCAAGGAUGUUUUUGGCAGCACCGGCGGUACUUUGGAUGAAGACCUAAAAUCUCCUCGGGCCACGGAAUUCCAUAUGACUCCAUUGAAACCAAGGCCAGCAGCAGACGAGGAUCCGUUCGGCUUAACAUCACCAACUAGAGCCGACUUCAAUCCGUUCGACAGGCCCAGUAUCACAGCUAUCAAGCACAUGGAAGCCGAGGAGCGGCGCCCUUCCUUCCAGGCUAUAUUGCCGCCUGCUCACCAGACGUUUAACGGGUUUGCAUCGCUUGAUGGUACUGCACAGACCUUUCCUACCUUCCAGGCUCCUAUAUCGCUCUCUACGUCUACACCAAAACACAAUCUCGAGGCCGAGGCACGGAUCGACAGUCUCAGCAGUUCUCCUGAGAAACACACUUUAGCUCCUAUCAAAGCGCAUACAACGAUGCCUGGAACGUUUCCCAAAGCACCGACCACGCCCAAGACCCCCAGCCAGACCUUCCUCUCGACUCCCGCCAAGGCUAUCCGAACGAGGUUCUCUUCGCCCAACAUGCGAGAGCAACGGAAAUUGCAAAAACUACAGACCGAAAUUCAGUCAAGGCUACCGCCCGUUCCGCAGCAUGCCGCGGAUGACCUCGACGCACUGAUGUCACCGCGCGCAGAGGAGUUCACACGAAACCCUUUUCACUUCGAACUGCGGUCUCCUACAGAUGAUGCAAGUCCGGUAUCAUCAAACGAGACAAUCAAGGACGGUCGAAAUGGCCACAGCGUGUGGGAGGAGCCUUUGCCGCGGCAGUGGACUCCAGAAAAGGCUACUGUUGACCCCCGGAGUCCCGUCCAGACGGGCAGUAGUCCCAUUGUUCGGAACAUCUGGGACGUACUGUGA